CGGCACAUGGACUGCCUGAUGCGCUGAGCCCGGCGCUGCGGGGCCGCGGAGCGCGGGGAGUAGCGGCCGCGGCGGGGAGGGGGGUGGGGCGGGACGGCACAGCCGCGGGUGCUCGCGCUAGGGUCUGGGGCCCGCGCUUUGCCUUCUGCUCAUCUGCAGCCGUCUACGGGUUUUUUUUUUGUUGUUUUUUGGAUUUUUUUUUUUUAAUUCUUUCUUUCCUUUUUUCCCCCUCCUUGCAAUUUGGAACAUUUUUUGAGACUGAGUGUUGGAGGCAGGUGAGAAAGAGCAUCCUGCACAGGGUCGGAGGAGUCCUGGGCGCUAGAUGCGCUGUCCCUGGGCUGUCAGCACUGAGAACCCGAAAGUUUUUUUGUUGUUUUUUUUUUUUUAAUUUUGAUAUUUGCAUGCUGAUGUAUUUACAAAGACAGAAGUGAUUUUUUUUUCUUCCUUGUCUGCACUGUUUUGAAAGCGAGUACUUUUGGUUGGCAAAGAACGGAGGAAAAAAAAAAAGCUCAUCAACAUUUCGGGGCGGCGAUUGGCCUUCUUUCUAAAAGAAAAUUGAGUGCAUCACGAUGGAGAAAAUGUCCCGACAGCUCCCCCUGAACCCCACCUUUAUCCCGCCUCCCUACGGCGUGCUCAGGUCCCUGCUGGAGAACCCGCUGAAGCUCCCCCUUCAUCCUGAAGACGCAUUUAGCAAAGAUAAAGACAAAGGAAAGAAGCUGGACGAUGAGAGCAACAGCCCGACCGUCCCCCAGUCGGCCUUCUUGGGACCCACCUUAUGGGACAAAACCCUUCCCUAUGACGGAGAUACUUUCCAGUUGGAAUACAUGGACCUGGAGGAAUUUCUGUCAGAAAAUGGCAUCCCCCCUAGUCCAUCCCAGCACGACCACAGCUCUCACCCUCCUGGCUUGCAACCUGCUUCCUCCACCGCUCCUUCAGUCAUGGAUCUCAGCAGCCGGGCCACGGCUCCCCUUCACCCGGGCAUCCCGUCUCCAAACUGUAUGCAGAGCCCCAUCAGACCAGGCCAGCUGUUGCCAGCAAACCGCAAUACACCAAGUCCCAUUGACCCCGACACCAUCCAGGUCCCAGUUGGGUAUGAACCUGACCCGGCAGACCUUGCCCUCUCCAGCAUCCCUGGGCAGGAAAUGUUUGACCCUCGCAAACGGAAGUUCUCCGAGGAAGAACUGAAGCCACAGCCCAUGAUUAAGAAAGCUCGCAAAGUCUUCAUUCCUGAUGAUUUGAAGCAGGAUGACAAGUACUGGGCGAGGCGCAGAAAGAACAAUAUGGCGGCCAAGCGCUCCCGAGAUGCUCGGCGGCUGAAGGAGAACCAGAUCGCGAUCCGGGCCUCUUUCCUGGAGAAGGAGAACUCGGCCCUCCGCCAGGAGGUGGCUGAUUUAAGGAAGGAGCUGGGCAAAUGCAAGAACAUACUUGCCAAGUACGAGGCCAGGCACGGGCCCCUGUAGGAUGGCAUUUUUGUGGGCUGGCUUUUGAAUAGAUGGACAGCUUGUUUCCUGUCUGGUAGCACCACACCCAAACCAACCUUUCUGACAUCAGCACUUUACCAGAGGCAUAAACGCAACUGACUCAUAUUUUGGUGUGCAUCUGUGCGUAUGUAUGUAUGUUUGUGUGUGUGUGUGUGUGUGUGUUUGUGCUUAUGGUCCCAUGUGUGGUCAGAGAUGUACAUGUGUGAGUAUGUGUAUGUGUGUAUUCCUUCACACUUGUCAUUUAAAGAUAGUCCUCUUGUCUUUUAGUUCCAAACAAGAAAGGUGCCAUGUUUUUAUUAGACCCUGGAGACCCCGGUGGGGUUUCCUCCCCUUCCUUCCUCCCUCCCACCUCUUUCUGCCUUGCUCCGUGUUCCUGUGAUCUUACUUUGCCAGGGUCUGCGUGGCUUCAGGAAGCAGGGCCCUGGAUCUCAGUCAUCAAGACCAUAAGCUCUUGUUUCUGUUUCAACCAUGAAUUACCACGCUAAAAAGGUGCAUAGCAUACCCUAGCACUACGCUGCAGCUGAAUUCCUUCAUAGGUUGCCCCCCCCCACCUUCCCUUUUUCCUCCCUACCCUCCCUCGUGUUUCCUUUCAGUUUUGGUAAUAAUUGUCUUCAAAUUUAAAGUGCUGUUUAGAUUUAGUAGAUUCCCAUACUUACUUCCUGCUACCUACUAAGUUUCCUUUUAAUUCUACCAACCCCAGAUAAGUACCAUUAUAGAGCAGAGUGUGUUUUGCACUGUCUGUACCUAAAGCAAUAAUCCUAGUGUACGCUAGCUAGCGCAUGCUGCCUGAGUAUUAACUAGUGGACGUAGGACAUUUUUCCCUACCUAGGAAUUUCACUGUCUUUUAAAAAUCAAAAAUAAAGUAAUGCAUUUGCGCAUGACCAGAAUAUUCUCAGGACAGGGAAGCCGAGGGCAACGGAAGGCCUAAGAAUGAGGGGUUAAUUUAUCAGUAUGUAAGCCAAAAAAAAAAAAAAAUGCAUCUUGGAGAAGCCUUUGCCAUGGGUGUGCUUCGUUUUGCUGUCUCCCCUUCCCACACCCAACCCAUCCCCACUUUUCUAGCCCACUCACUUUUUCCAUUUCCCUCUCGAUAUUCAAAACAAUUGACCUAAGAUUCAGUUCACCCACUUUUUUUUUUUUGGUAAUAUAUAUAUUUUGGGGAUGAUAUUUUGCUGUUUUUAGAAAUCAGUUAAUUAAGUUAAAAAGUUGAUGUUUUGUAAAGCCUCCCCCCACCCCCACCCCUUGACCCCUUGUGGUGUCCUUUUUGAAUGCCUCACACAUGAAUGGUUCUGGAGCCCACGUUUCUUCUCCUCUGUUUGCUUUUGAACAUAUGUGCGCCUAUCAAGUGGACUUCUGAAAAAAAAAAUGAAUGUAAAAGACACUGGUGUAUCUCAGAAUGGGAUGGUGUUGUCACAAACUGUGGUUUAUCCAAUCAAUUUAAAUGUUUACUAUAGACCAAAAGGAGAGAUUAUUAAACUGUUUAAUGUUUAUACAGAGUAAUUAUAGGAAGUUCUUUUUUUGUACAGUAUUUUUCAGAUAUAAAUACUGACAAUGUAUUUUGGAAGACAUAUAUUAUAUAUAGAAAAGAGAAAAAAAGGAAAAUUAUUCCAUGUUUUAAAAUUAUAUAGCAAAGAUAUAUAUUCACCAAUGCUGUUCAGAGGAGUGCUUGGGGGGUUUUGAAGUCUUUAAUAUUUUAAACCUAUUACUGACACAUCAGCAUGUUUUCUGCUUAAAAUUAAAAUUUUAUGACAAUACUGAGGCUUGCUGUGACGAAUCCUGCUCCAACACUUUCUUGUUUCUUAUUAGGUCUCAGAAGGAAGUCAGUUAACGUCACCCAAAAGCACAAAAUGGGUUUUAGUCAAAUAUUUAUUGGAUGAUACAGUGUUUUUCAGGAAAAGCAUCUGCCACAUAAAUGUUCACUUCAGAAUUCGGAGUCGCUGGAAUGGAGUGUUGUUGCCAGAGCCCCAGAUGAUUUUGUUCUCUUUGGGCCUGUGCAUCUCAUACCAUGUAAGGUUGACCUCGGUGAUGUGUAUGGCUUAGAGUUAGAUAGAUGUUUUGACUUUAAAGAUGGCUGUCGUUUUCUUUCACUGAGUUGUAUAAUGUCCAGAGAGUCUACUGUUUCUUCAAAGGCACAUUUUGUGCUUGAUUAAAAUCCCCUUUCAUCCAUGGAUGUUUUCCAGUCUCCUGCCUCCACAGUAUCUGAAUUCUCUGCAGAUCCAGUGAUACCCUCCUCACUCCCUCAGCCACUCCUCGGUCUAGUGUCACACUUCUGGAAAACGAGGCCUGUAGGGGUUCUUCCCAGGUACCUGUUUUGUUUCAAGCCAUAGAUCACGGUGAGAGAUGAGAGAGUGGGAAAAUUAAAAUACAUUUUCUGAGUAAAUUACUGAUAAAAAAAAAUGUUUCGCAAUUUUGCAUAGAACUGAAUAAGAGAUGAUUCAGUAAUAGCAUGGGACAACAAAGAGUUGGUCUGUUUGAAGAUAGAUAAAGAGGGUGAUUGCAGAACUGUUCAAUGACAGUAUUCACCUGAGCAAAGAUGGAUACAUUUCAACUUAAGCAGAGAAGUGCUCGAGUGUUGUACCAUGGACCACCCAAUAGUCCCGGAACCAUCCAGUAGUCCCUGAAGAAAAGCAUACCUGGCCUUUCUUAGAAUUGUUUUUACCAAAUGAACAUCACAAAUGUUUUCUGCAGAAGACAUAAAAAGAUCAUAAUAAAACUUAUUCUUUUGUAUACCAGAAAAGGUUUUUAAAAACCUACCUCAUUCAAAUCAGAACAAAACAAAACAAAACAAAAAAAAACUUAAGACUUUGGAAUCUCCACAGGUGCCUUAUCUGUAGGUAAUUAUCACCCCCUCACCCCCAGGCUGGCUUCUCUUUGUCCAUGGACUUUAACUAGAUGAGGAAAUGCCAUUCAAUGCCCUGAGAAGCUAGGACCCAGGGUCAGAUGACUGCAGCAGAGCAUAGCCAUUAGGAAGUCCCAUUGUCAACUGUCACCAUUUCAAUGUAGGAAUCUUUCAAUGGUUAAUUAUUUGGUCAUUCAAAAUGCAUCCAAGCUGUAGCAUGCCCUGUCAUUCAGCUGCAUAGCACACUCUGAUCAGGUCACAUGUUUCAUUAUUCAAGUGUAUUCUCAAAGAAAGUUAAAAAAAAAAAAAAAAAAAGGAAUCAGGGUUUCUCUCUGCUGAUGCUCCCCUGAGGGCAUGGGGUGUGUGUGGCUGUGGAUGAUAGUCUCCUACUCUGUGCUAUGGGGCCAUUCACAAACCACAUCAGGCAAGGCUGGGCCAGGCCUUUGUCUCUAAAUAGAACAGGCCUUGAAGGAAGCCUCCUUUGAAGAAGAAGGGCCCUUAUAUUUGAGAAGGGCAUGAUGGGAAUCAGUCAGCGGAUGAAUGGGAAGCCAGAUAAAAGAACCCAGACGUUCCUUCUAACCCAUUAGCUUACUGUGGGAAUUUACAUUAAGUCCAAACGUAGCCUUCGAAAGGGCUACAGCAUCAUGUCUGGGUGAGCUGGGGCGAGUUGUAAGUGGCAAUGUCUCUCCUGCCCAAGGAGGAAACAACUGACGCUGUGUAAAUAUACAAGUAAUACUUUGCUCUUUCUAAAAGUUCGUCUGUUUUUGCCCUUAGCAUUCCUUUAGAAAAACUCAAACUUUGUCAGAAUUAAGUAGUGAGGUCCUCAGGCAGUGGCCAAUGGCUCUGUGGGUGGCUUGCCUCCACUGGGCAGGAUUGGUUACCUGCAGCUGACUGAGCUGAGGUGUGAUUCCCUCCCUGUUGUCCAUACCUUUUUCUCUGGCUCUGAUUGUACUUGGUUCCUACUGGGGGCUCUUGAAUGCAUCCCUCUGGGAAAUCCAAAUUCAACUCCAAGUGUUUGGUAAAAUUAGUAUCAAUAAUAAAUGAACAAAACGUG